UAACAUCAGUCUAAGAUGAAAGUCGUUCUGAUGAUCGGUUUUCUUCUUCGCUUUUCCUUAGCAAACCCGAAUCCAAGUGGGCGGUCUCUGUCAUGUUCUGGUUUUCCAAAGCAGUUAUCGGGAAGAUUGUACAUGGUCAAGGUGGAUGAUUCAGGUUCAACUGAAGCACACGGCAUGACAUUCUCCAUAGAUAUGAACCUUGAACGAAUGCAGAAAAAGAUGGGCGAUAAAAUUUUGAUAAUGGACUAUAAAGAGGGUAAGAUCUAUGAAAUAAGCCCAGACGGAUGCCAAAUUGACUCAAGUGAGGAGAAGAGUAUUCCUGAAUUUCUGGAAGACUUGCCGCUGAGUUUAGUCGCCAAAGGUUCACUCGGAUCAAAAGGAGCCUUAGUGGAACUUUAUUCUUUUCAAGAUGGUGAAGAGGGAGGAGUAGUAACACUAGAGUCUGGCGAUCAGUGUAUCCCAGCAAGCUAUGCUGUGAAAACAAAGCAUUCAGCCAUCUCGGGAAGUUUCCUUGACUUGAAGACCACGGUUGAUCCUGGAAAGUUGAUUAUACCAGAAAAGUGCAAGCAGGAAAUCAGUAGACGAUCCUUUCCAGCGCUUUCAUGGAAUGCGCUGAGCGACGCAUUCACUCUGUUGCAGUCUCAUAUUAAUGCUCGUAAACAGGGAUUUCCCUGGAUUCUCGAGAACAAAAACGAAAGAAAAAGGGGAUUUCCCUGGAUUCUCGGGAGGAAAAAUGGACGGAAAAGGGGAUUUCCCUGGAUUCUCGGGAGGAAAAACGGACGGAAAAGGGGAUUUCCCUGGGUCAAACCAGGGAAGUUGACGAGUCCUUAAGAUUUCCAAUCCAGGUUUUAACGUACAUUAGGAGAUACAUAGUGUGAG